CGUCGCCCGCAUGAAGAACACAACGCGCCGAGCUGCUGGAUGUAAACAAACACGUGUGGCGCAGAUGUAGUAGUGUUGCGUGCUGCUCUGCUUCUUCCUUUCACUCCACACAGGCCACAUUCACCUAUAGACACACUCAAGGCAGAAGUUGAUGACAAACAUGUCGGACGAAGAAGGUGAAGCUGAGACUCCCACUGGCCCUGUUGAGAAUGCCUGGGCCAUCAAGGUUCCUGAGUUUAAAAAGGGUGACAUGAAGAGCCACCUGCUGGAGGAGAGUUCUUUCUCAGUUCUCUUUCCCAAGUAUCGAGAAAAGUACCUGAAGGAGUGCUGGCCUCUGCUGCAGAAGACUUUAGAUGAGUAUGGCAUCAAGCCUGAGCUGGAUCUGAUUGAGGGCAGAAUGACGGUGAAGACCACAAGGAAGACUUGGGAUCCGUACAUCAUCAUCAAGGCGAGGGACAUCAUUGUGCUGCUCGGAAGAUCAGUUCCUGUUGAACAAGCUGUGAAGAUUCUGAAAGAUGAUGUCACAUAUGAACUGAUAAAGAUACGGAAUAUGGUGCGCAACAAGGACCGGUUUGUGAAGCGGCGGCAGCGGCUGGUAGGAGCCAACGGCACCACCCUUAAGGCGCUGGAGCUGCUCACCAACUGCUAUGUACUGGUGCAGGGUGCCACUGUGGCUGCUAUUGGUCCACAUAAAGGAGUGCUUCAGGUGGUGCGUGUUGUGAAGGACACCAUGAACAAUAUCCACCCUGUGUAUCUACUCAAGUCCCUCAUGAUCAAGAGGCAGCUGAUGCAAGAUCCCAACCUAAAGAAUGAGAACUGGGCCAGGUUCAUCCCCAGCUUUGUGCCGAAGAAUGUGCAGAGGAAAAAGCCACACAAGGUCAGAAAGACAAAGAAGGAAUACACGCCCUUCCCGCCGGCACCCACCGAGAGGAAGGUGGACAAGGAGAUGGCUGAAGGAAAGUUCUUCAUAGAUCAGGAAGAAAAGAAGAAAGCCAAAAAGAGAAAAAUAACAGAAGAAAUGAAGAAGGAAACUUCAAACCGACAGAAGGAGAAGAGAGCCAAGGCAUUUGUGGCGCCGGAGGAACCCAAGUACAAGCCGCCCACGGCCGCUGUCAACACACAAGUGGAUGUGGAGGCACUCAAGAGGAAGGUCAAGAAGAAGAAUGCGUAGUGUUAAGUUGUGUGAUUCUGGUCACAUUGAGUAGCUCCUUUCAUGUCAUGAAGAUUUUGUUCUUUCUCAUACAGUUGUAUAUGUAUUUUAAUACUGAAAAAAGAAA